UCACCCUGAAAAGGAACAUCUUUCUUUUUCUGUGCGUGGUUUAAUUUUGAAUUAUGCGGCACCAUUUUUUAUAUUCUACUGACGUGUCAGGAGGAUAUGCCAAAGAUUAACUACUGAUUCACUGACUGGACACCGAGUGCUUACAGAUUCUCGAGCUCUUGGCUUGCCCAGCCGCCCCCUCCACUUCACCAUGGCGACGGUAGUCAUGGAGCAGAUCGGCCGGCUGUUCAUCAACGUGCAGCAGCUCCGGCAGAUCCCGCAGUUCCUGGAGUCGGCCUUUCCCACGCUGCCCUGCACCGUCACACUCAACGACGUGCCCUGGGUCUUCCGCGAGCCCGACAUCCUGACCGGCUACCGCCUCCCCGACCAGAGCUGGCGCUACUACUUCCUGUCGCUCUUCCAGCGCCACAACGAGUCGGUGAACGUCUGGACGCACCUGCUGGCCGCGCUGGUGGUGCUGGUCAAGUUCCGCGAGCUCUCGGAGACGGUGGACUUCCUGCGCGACCCGCACGCGCUGCCGCUGUUCAUCGUGCUGCUCGCCGCCUUCACCUACCUGGCGUUCAGCGCCGUGGCGCACCUGCUCUCCGCCAAGUCCGAGCUCUCGCACUACACCUUCUACUUCCUGGACUACGUGGGCGUGGCCACCUACCAGUACGGCAGCGCGCUGGUGCACUUCUACUACGUCAUCGAGGAGGCGUGGCACGAGCGGGUGCGCGGCGUGUUCCUGCCGCUCGCCGCGUUCUUAGCCUGGCUGUCGUGCGCCGGCUGCUGCUACGGCAAGUACGCCAGCCCGCACCUGCCCAAGUUCGCGCACAAGCUCUUCCAGGUGGUGCCCUCGGGGCUGGCCUACCUGCUGGACAUCAGCCCCGUCUUCCACCGCAUCUACUCUUGCUAUCAGCAGGGCUGCACCGACGCGGCCGUGUCCUACCACCGCUACCAGGUGGCCUUCUUCCUGGUGAGCGCCUACUUCUUCUCGUACCCGCACCCGGAGCGCUGGCUGCGGGGUCGCUGCGACUUCCUGGGCCAGGGCCACCAGAUCUUCCACGUGUGCCUGGUGCUGUGCACGCUGGUGCAGAUCGAGGCCGUGCGGCUGGACUACCUGGAGCGCCGGCCGCUGUACGAGCGGCUCCACGCCGGCGACGACGUGGCGCACGACGCCGUGGCCAUGUUCAUCUUCAUGGCCUGCUGCAGCGCGCUCACCGCCGUGCUCGUGCGCAGGCGCGUCUACGCGCAGUUCCAGGAGAAGCAGGACUAGGGAAAAAAAAGGGAAGAGUUGGGUGAUGAGAUGGCGGACAAAAAAAAAAAUCGAAUUCAAAUUCUUUAUUAGAAGAUAGCCCCCUGAAAUGAACAUCUUGUUUUCCAGAGGGUCCUCAAACUAUUACCGCAAGACAGAACAACACAGAAAAAAAAAACAACCAGAGGGACAACACCACUGACCGUGUGGUUACUCAACAUCCAAAACAAAGCAAACACACAAACAAACUUGAUAAGGCUGCACAGUUCCAGGAGAGGCUGGUGUGAGGCCUCAUUCACAACAGAUUGUUUGUGGGAGCAUGAUGAGGGUAGGAGUGUUUUCUGACCAAGAUGGCCGAGUUCAUUUAAAGAUGAUAUAUCCUGUGCUUGCCUCGCUCCCACUGAAUGUUGUCUGAGCAGGCCCCAAGCCCAUGAAAUGGACAACAUACAGAGGGACGGCAGCAGCACUGCCCUUAUGGUUCAUCACACACAAAACAUAGCAAGACAAACUUGAUAUACUGUUGCGUUUCUGUUCUAAUGUACUACAAGUAAAUAUGUCGUGUGUUUUGUUGUUUUUCAUUUUUCUGUUUUGUUUGUUUGAUCGUGUUCUGUGGCUUGCCAAAAAACUGCAUCUUGAUCCAGCUUACUGUAUGUUGUGUCUGAACUAACAUGGUGUGGGUUUUAAGUUCACUAGAUGGAUGUCAACCAUGAGAGCUACCUGAAAUACACUCUACUGUACGUUAUUACGGUAUAAUGACCAAAUACGUGUUUUUUUGUCAAUUGUAUUGCCCCGUGUCGAACACAAUGCAGAAGAUGUCAAGCCAAGCAGUGCUAUACAUUUAGUGAGUCGUGUAUCUGUCCUGUGGGGACACCUGAUGUUUUUUUUUUAUUGUGUCGUAUGAUGUGGCUGAACUGUGAGAGUCCUUUGAUUGGCACACUUACUGUCAUGAAUUCCUUUCCAGACUGUUGUGCCAUCUGUCUGUGGGAGUUUGUAAUGCGUUCGUCGUCUAACACUGCCGUUUAGGACCUCUGUUAUGAUGCCACUCAUUCGCUAAGGGUUUUUUUUGUUUCUUUUAUUCAUACUUCGUCUGGGUUUUCAUGAGACAAUGACUUUCCUGUCACAGAUAUAUAUAUAUAUACAUAUAUAUAGAGUCACAGAUAUACAGUUGUUGUAUUUGUUGAGUCCACCAUGGCCAAAGUCAGUCACCAAAGUGAUACCGCUCUUUUAUUCCACACUAUCCUCAAGAGGAUCUCUGAGAAACAGGCUUUCUCAGGGACAUUUGGUUUCCAAGUCAGAAAUAGUUAUAACCGUUUGCUGUGUAUGCCUUCUCUAACAGUUUUACCAAAUGCUCCUUUGACCAUUCUUAAUGCCUGAAGUGCAUGAUUCUGUUGCUGUUCCUCACAGUUAAUAUUAUGAUCUCAUUUUACGUAUGUGAAGAAAGUAGAUUUUAUCUCGGUACAUAGCCUACAUGUAUUAUGUAUUGAUUGUUAUAUGAGAAUAUUACGUUUGUACACAAUAAUGCAGUUUUCUUGUCACAUCAGCUGACCUCAAGAACAGAGAUGAUGUCACAAAACGUCACUUAAAUGUCGAUCCUGAAGGGCCUUUUCAGUAAGUUUAUGUGUUAUCGAAAGACAAGCUUGAAGACAAGCUUUCUGUGUGUUUCCUUGGGUAGAUGCUCGUACUCUUUGGAGGUCGUUGGGACAAAUGGACAGACCCUUGUUUCUAUUUCUGCGUGUGCCCUGUCUUGUGACGGUGGCCAUGUCAUACCGUAUGCCCUGCUUCUGGAAAGUGGCUGUGACUCUUGUCUUUGCCCAUCAUGCCAUAGCACUCCAUAUUGCCUAUCUCAAACUCCAAUGCAAACCUAGUGGCCUGCUCCAGAAGGUCUCACAAUAUAGCUUUUGGUGUCUGCUGCCUUCUCUUCGUUUCCAUGAUGUCUGUGUG